AUGCUCGGCCCCAAUGGAGCCGCGACAGACGAGAAUGCCGAGGGCUUCAAGGAUGACCUCAACUGCGUCGUGAUGUGUCCCGACUGCAAGGAGUACCCUCCCAAUCUGGUUGAGGAGUUCUCUUCUGGCGACAUGGUGUGCGGUUCUUGCGGCCUCGUCGUUGGAGACAAGAUUAUCGACACCCGUUCCGAAUGGCGUACAUUCGCCAAUGACGAUCAGGGCAAUGAUGACCCCUCCCGUGUCGGUGACGCCGUCAACCCCUUGCUCAACGGCUCACAGCUCGAGACCACCAUCGCUUUCGGCGAUGGCAGAGACUCUAAGCAGCUUGCUCGUCUUCAGAACAAGUCCCAGAACGACAAGGCUAGCAAAUCUCUGAUGCAGGCGUAUAAGGAGAUUGGUGCCUUUUGCGACAGUAUCAACCUUGGCAAGAACGUCUCUGAUGCGGCCAAGCACAUCUUCAAGUUGACGUACGACCAUAAUUUCAUGAAGGGCAAGCCGCAGGAGGCCGUCAUUGCAGGCUGUAUUUUUAUUGCCUGUCGUCAGACCGGCGUCGGCCGUACUUUCCGCGAGAUCUUCCAGGUCACCCACGUGUCAAAGAAGGAAAUUGGCAGGGUUUUCAAGCAGCUCGAGUCCUUCCUGCAGAAGAUUAAGGAGGAGAACCCGCGUGGUGCCGGCUCUCUUUCCAACCUGGAUGGCUACAAGGCCAGCGCGUCUACCAGUGCCGAGGAUCUCUGCACUCGUUUCUGCUCCAACCUCAACUUCCGUAAUGCGCAGAAGAUUGAGAACGUCUCGCGCGCUCUUGCACGCAAGACAUCGAGCGUCUCUGAAUUGGCCGGUCGUUCGCCUUUGUCUGUCGCCGCCGCCUGUAUCUACAUGGCAUCGCAUCUCAUGAAAGAAUCGAGAACCUCCAAGGAGAUUGCCUCGGUGGCAGGUGUUAGCGACGGCACCAUCAAGACGGCCUAUCGGUUCUUGUACCAGGCUCGCGACAGACUUAUUGAGAAGGAGUGGGGCGCGGACAAGAAGGCAAUCGAUAAUCUUCCGGUUAACUAG